AUGGGGAACCAAAAGGUAUUUUUCCUUUUGGCUGAAGUGUAUUCAGUUUGUUUAAAACAAGCUGAUUAUCUAAUGGUGAAUUCUACAUGGACUAAAACUCAUGUAGAUAAACUACUGCGACCACAUUUUCCUCAUGAUUCAUCAAAUCCUCCCAAACUGUCUCAAAUAGUUUAUCCUCCAUGUGAUGUGAAGACUUUCACAAGUUUUCCUCUUUUAAAUCAAAAGAAAAUUUACCUUUGUUCUCCAAACCAGUUACUUUUUACCCACCUGGCAAUUGUUGUCUUUUUUCCUAAAAACCCAUUACUUUUUACUCUCCGUUUUAUUAUUAUGUUUUCUUUUGAAAAUUUCAGCAAAUCAAAAAAAAGUCCUUUUCUCAUUGCUCUUGCUUUAGAACCUCCCCUCAGCCUCAGAUAG